AUGAUCCUAUUGGGCUCGAAGUUAUUCAUACGCGAUAUUUGUCGAUACACUAAUUUGUUAAUAAAUUUUUACCAUCGCCGACCUAUCCACCUCCUCCACGCCUCAACCACAAGACAUCCUGUAGGAAAUCAUGGAAUUAAGCAAUUCAAACAAUUUGAGUAUCCAAGCCCCGAAAGCCGCGAGAUAGAGUUAUGGGAAAAAAAACCUCUAAAGCUAAUAAAAAAACUUUCACUUUCCGAAGCAAUCGAAAAUUAUCUCGAGCCUGGAGUUAUUCUAUUACCUAUUUAUGAAAAAGGUACUAGAUCCUUGCCAUAUCCCCAUGUUCCUCGAUUCUAUCUAGGAAAAAUAAACACAACAAAGGUUUACCUACCAAAGACCCAAAAAUCCAAGGGGCGAAAGUCGAAAGAAGUUCACUUCAAAACAAACAACGAUAGUGGAUUUAUUACACAGGCACUGUACAGAUCAUAUCAUUUCCUCUCAAGAUCGGAGAAACGUUCACCUGUCGAAAUACACGUACACACGUCUCUGAAAAAGCCCAAGAAUAUUUCUAGAAAGUCUCAUUUAGAUAUAAUAGAGAGGAAAAGACUUAAGCAAGAAUAUGUAAAGUCUUUCAAGGAAGAGAUAGUUAAUGCCUACAACUUUUGGCCACAGACCAUACUCAGAUCUAUGCCAGAGGGCGCAUCAAUAACCAUAAAACCCGUCGCCGAUGAUACCCAGGUCUGCUGGGUCAUGGAUUUGGGAGGAAUGGAGCGAACCGACUUGUUUGAAAAAAAUAAAGAAAUUCAAUUUGAGCUAGAUGAUGAGGGUAAGGGUGUCCCUGAGAAGGAUAUACGCCAGAGAGCAAAAGAGGACCUCAGAAAUAUUCGCCAAAUACUAGCUGACGAAAAAAAGCUUUGCAAAACUGGCGAGAAAAGUAUACAGCCACAUGAAAAGAAUACCCCAAGUAGUAAUGUAAUUCAUUCAAAGCUCUCAUCACAGAUUGUGAAUGAUACCAGGAAAUUGCAAUCAGAUGUAGGCGAAACAAUCGAUACAUUGAAGUCAUAUGGAGAUAGCUCAUGUUCUAUGCCACCAUCAAAAGCUACUAAGCUACUUGAAGCUCAAGAAGAUAAAAGUAAAUCAGAGAAGAAGAUAUUUUCGAUAAAAGCGAUAGAAAAGAUCGCUGGAGCCGUUGUCUCAGAGAAGAUCACUAAUCUGUCCGAAAAAAUAGAUAAAUUAAAGCGGAAAUUCGAAGACGUCAAAUAUAAUAGAGACGCUUUUGAUACUGAAGUAAAAUUUUUACGAAGUGAGAUUGAAAGUCGGGCUGAAGCCCUUUUUGCAGAUGACCCUAACCCUAAGGAGCGAAAGCAUCAUCUAUUAGUCCGACUAGAGCUUGAAAAAGAUAGAGAUAGGCGUAAGAUUAACGAUGAAUUUGAGACAUAUCUUAAGAGAUUAAGGACGCUUCAGCACAACUUCCGUAGAGAGGUCAAAGAGGCCAAAGCUACCAAAGCAAAAUCACAAGAAGAUCCUCUCGUUGCAAGGAUGAAUGAGAAGUCGUAUAAGGGUUCCUUAACUCUUAUAGAAUUUUCUGACGAUCCAAAUGGCAAUGAUGAAAUAUUUCCACCAAGCAGAAGUAUUAAACUUGACUCAAGGGUCUCGCUGCCUCGUAAUAAACGGCCUAAGAAACCAGAUCCCCGAAAUACCCCUAAAAAUAUACCCUCCUCAGCUAGCCCGAAGUAUGGCGCUGUCAAAGAUUUAUUGUCUGGUGAAAAAAGUGAACUUGAUUCUACAGGCUCCCGGUCUUUAAUCCGACGCCUUCAAAAUUCAAGUCCUUCAAACCUUCCUCCAAACAAGACAUCAUCAGAUGCCCGUGAUUAUGGUGCUACCAAAUAUCUACCGCCUAGUGAAAACAAUUUACUGGAUACUAGAAGUUCACGGCCUCUAAUUCGACGUCUUCAAGGUUCUGGUCCUUCAAACCUUUCUCCAAUUAAGACAUCGUUAAAUAGACAAGAGUUCGAGAAUUUCGGAAACUUCCCUUCAUCUCGAAGAAUUAAACUCGAUUAUGGUGCCGCACCUCCGCAUGCUCGACCAUGGAAAAGCCUAGACCUAGGUCCGAAGAAUUUUCAAGAAGAUGAAGAACUAGGAGCAAAGCUUCGAUCGGCAAUGUUAGGAAAAAAUAGCUCCAUCAGGGGUAGAAGAGAUAGCAUCCUUCCCAAGUUCAUCAAAAGGUCCUGA